AUCAUAUAACGUUGUGCGCUUGCGGUGAUCCCAGUUGGAGUUCUUCGGAAUGUUGCAGCCUACAAGGCAGGUGUCAACUGUCAAGCAGUACGAAUCUGUAAGGCUGGGGAAAUGGAUGUGGUUGAGAAUGCCGAUAAGAUAAGAGUUCUAUCUGGAUCCACUUAUUUUCAAAAAAAGUUCAUCCGCUUUCCAUGAACUACUGGAUACCACGACCGACGAGAUCAACAACAUCCUCCAGAUUCACCAUGGCCAAAAGGAAAAGAGAAGCCGCCUCAGAGGGCGAAGUCGCCCAGUCAAAGCCCUCGGUGAAGAAGGCCAAAGCGGGGCCUCGGCCAACGCAGUCACAAUAUGUUGCGAAACUGGGUGACGGCAGUCCCGUGACAAUCCAGAUCAUCGCGGGGUCCUACGACCGAGUUCUACACGGAAUCACGGCGACAGUCAAGCCCUCCGCAGCCUCUACCACUACUACUGCUGUCAAGAAGAAGUCUAAAGAUGCCAACCCCCCUCCGCCCGAAAAGAAGAACGAAAAACAGGCCGAGUUCGCCGACACGUUCCUCUUCAACGCGCACAACUCGGCCAUCCGCUGCCUAGCCGUGUCCCCGCCGUCGGCCCCUGCCCCCGGCCAGACCCAAAAGGUGCUCCUCGCAACGGGCAGCACCGACGAGCGCAUCAACAUCUACAACCUGUCCGCCCACCCGCCCCCGACCACCUCCCGAAGCACGGGGCAGCACAACAAGCUCCUGUCGUCGCUCGCGCCGCGGCCGAUCCUGGAGAACCCCAAAAACCGCGAGCUGGGGACCCUGCUGCACCACACGGGGAAUAUCUCCCGGCUCGCCUUCCCUACCCGCAGCAAGCUGCUCUCGGCCGCCGAGGACAGCACCAUUGCCGUCACGCGCUCCCGGGAUUGGACGCUGCUGCAUACGUUCAAGUGUCCUAGGCCGAAACCUCCUGCUGGGGGACGCCCAAGCGGGGAUACGGCGGAUGCAGGGGGGUUGCCCACGGGGGUAAAUGAUUUUGCUGUGCAUCCGAGUAACAAGAUUAUGAUUAGCGUUAGUAAAGGGGAGAGGUGUAUGAGGUUGUGGAAUUUGGAGACGGGGAAGAAGUCCAGGGUGCUGAAUUUUGAGAAGGGAAUGCUGAAUGAGAUUGGGGAGGGAGGGAGGGGCAUGCGGUGGGCUACGGGCGAGGCCAGGAGGAUUGUUUGGGGUGUUGUUAAGGGGGAGGAGGAGUUUGCGGUUGGGUUUGAUAGGGACGUGGUUGUCUACGGGAUGGACUGCCGCGUUAGGUGUCGGGUUAUGGGGGAUGCUGCUACGCUCAGGACUAAAGUGCAUGAGGUUUGCUAUGUUGAUGUGCGGACCCAAAUCAAAGACGGGAAGGAGGGCGAUGCUGAGGAGGAGGAGGAGGAGGAGGAGGAGGAAGAUUGUGUGCUGGCGGUCUCAACCGAGGACGGGAGGGUCUUGUUCUUUGCUACGGACAAGGGCAGUUUGCAGGGCCCUCCCGAGGGCAAGACCUUGCCGACGGCGAAGCUGGUGGCCCAGCUGGGCGGGAAGGAGGCGGGCGUGUCCGGGAGGAUCAAGGAUUUUAGGGUUCUGACCGUGCAGGGCGAGGACGGGAAGAGGGCCUUCUUCGUGGUGACUGCCGGCAGCGAUGGGCAGAUUCGGCUUUGGCUGCUGGCGGCCUCGGACUUGGUUGUCGCCAAGGGCAGCAACAACAGCGCCACACCACAGCAGGUUGGCAAGCUCCUUGGCACGUACGGGACGCAGAACAGGAUCACGUGUGUAGAGGCUUUCAUCAUGAUACGCCGGCCGGACGGCGCGGAGGAGAGCGAGUUUGAAUUCGACAGCGAGGAUGAUGAUGAGGAGGAGGAGGAUAGCGAUGAGGAGUAGGCACCGUCGGCAGCGGGUAAAUGCAGGUGCUUGGCGACGUGCAUCCUAGAAUUGCAGGUCUAUGAUUGAAAGUUUGACAUAUCUAGUGACUUGUACCCAACAGGUGGGCCAGUUUCAAGCGCCGUGCUCUUGAGGACAUACGGGCUUCAGGAUGCUCUGCACUCGCACCUUCUCAUCAUCCGUCGAGGAUGGCGGGCGGUUCCGGCAGUCACUGCAGUGGAGUCUGUCGAAGGUGGUGAGGUUGUACUGUAGUACCUCCGUACAUAC